CAUUGUAUACAGGAUGUGACAUGAACAUGAACGCACCUGUUCAGAUGGGGAUGGGUUAAUAUUAUUAGAAAACUGUAGUGCUGUCUUCUGCUGAGUACAAACAAUCUUUAAUGGAUGUUUCAAAUUUCAUUUUGAAAAUAUUCACAUUUCCACUGACACUGAGUGCAUACCAAUAACAAAAAGUACUAUGACAUUUCUUCGUUAUCGACAAAUAUGUUUUUUCCGGCAAUUUCGUCAAGGGAAAACUAUAGUUUUGAGAAAUAUGAAACUUAGCACAAUUGCGAGUCAGAGCUUUCACAAUGAUGUUUCAAAAAAACUGGUAUUUGUUUCAAAAAGUACCAACAUUUUUGAAAAUCUAGCAAUAGAAGAUUGGUUGUACAAAAAUUUUGAUUUUGAAACACAGUCCCUCCUUUUCAUGUGGGUGAAUACUCCAUGUGUGGUUAUUGGUAGACAUCAAAAUCCAUGGGUGGAAGUAAAUCUAAAAAACAUGUCGGAAAAUGGUGUUUUCUUGUCACGGCGAAAUAGUGGAGGUGGUACUGUAUAUCAUGACAGAGGAAAUUUGAAUUGCUCUUUUUUCUCAUCUAGAGCUAGAUAUAACCGAAAGUCCAAUCUUGAAAACAUCUGCCAAUCAAUGAAGUGCAAUUGGAAUUUGGAUCUAACAAUUUCCCCAAGAGAAGAUAUCCUGCUCAAUAGUUAUAAAGUGUCUGGAACUGCAUCCAAGCUUGGGCAUAAGAAUGCAUAUCAUCAUUGUACUCUUCUUGUUGAUGUUGACUCAACAAAGCUUCACCACAUGUUGAAGGUUGAUCAGCUAGGAAUAAAGAGUAAUUCUACACCCAGUGUUCGGUCUCCAACUUUGAAUCUGAAAUCAAUCUGUUCCCAGAUUUCAGUUGAUGAGAUUAUACAGGUCUUGGGAAAUUACUACACAAGAAAUUCUUCUGCACAAUUUGAGGGUUUAAUAAAUUUUGUGGAGCCAUCUGAAGAAAAAUUCCCCGGCAUAGACAUGUUAAAACUGUCUUUUUCAAACUGGCAUUGGACUUACGGGAAAACACCUUCGUUCGUUGUUUGUUGGCCAUUAGGUGAGCAGUCGCCAGAACUAAGUAUUGUGGUGCAAAAUGGUCAAAUAGAAAGGUUAGACUUUCAAAACAUGACCAUUGAUAAAGAACAUUCAAGAAAACUUAGUGAGCUGUUAUUGAACCAAAAACUUGAUAACAAUUUGUAUAAUAAAAUUUUAAGUAGCAAUGUUUUCGAAAAAAUGAAUGAUAACUGUGCAAAACUGAAGGAAAUGUUAUUUCUUCUGUGUCUAACAUCUGUCUGACGAACGUAAAUAUUGAAAUUUGAGUCAUCAUAAAUGUUCAGUGAAAUUAAUUUCCGCCAAUUACA